AUGUGGACGCACCACCCUGCGGUCACCUUUUCCUCCGCGCGGAGAAAACCUUCCCCGGCCCCUGCAGUGGGGCCCGGAGGGGGUCCCCGCCCCAUUUCCACCUGGAAUUCUGACGUUGGGGCUGGAAAGAAGGGACGGACCGACAGACAGACGGAGAGCCCUCCCCCAGCGCGGGCAGGAAAUGGGCGGGGCCCGGCUGGCCCAGGACAGUCACAGCCAGUGAGCGCAGCAGGACAGAGGCCAAGCCUCCAACGAACGCCAGGUGGGGCUGCAGGGACCAGGUGCCUUCGACGACGUGGGCAGGCAGCCCAGCCACAGGGGUCUCCCCACCGCACAGAGUCUCCCAGGACGCUGGGGCCGCGUUUCCUCACAGCCACUGCCCACUUCAGCUUCUGCCGGGCCCUCCUGGAGCACACGGUGUCGGCCGAGAGCAUCCCCUGCCCCCUGCCUCGGACCCCGGGCACCAGCCUCACGUGGCACGACUCCCGCAGCCAGAGGGCAGCUGGCGGCCGGCAGGUCAAGCUCCUUCAGCAGCCCGGCACCGAGGCCCCCCAGGGCCGGCUGUACUCUGACCACGAUGGCCUGUACCACACGAGCCCCUCCCUGGGUGGCCUGACAAGGCCCGUGGUCCUGUGGAGUCAGCAGGACGUCUGCAAGUGGCUCAAGAAGCACUGUCCCCACAACUACCUCGUCUACGUGGAGGCCUUCUCCCAGCACGCCAUCACCGGCCGGGCACUGCUGCGGCUGAACGCGGAGAAGCUGCAACGGAUGGGGCUGGCGCAGGAGGCGCAGCGGCAGGAGGUGCUGCAGCAGCUGCUGCGCCUGCAGGUGCGCGAGGAGGGGCGGAGCCUGCAGCUGCUCAGCCAAGGUCAGUGGGAGGAGCCAGGAAUGCCC